AUGCUACUAUAUGGCAUAGACUGUUUUGGAGUGGUAGAGGCUGUGUUUCAGACAAUGGAAGAGGGCCAGUGUACGGCUGGCACAACCGUUGGCAAAACUGCUGGUGAUAGGACAGAGGCUACAUUAACUGGGACUACAUUUUUGCUUCAAAGUAACGACAAUGAAUAUCGUAUCAAUUGCUGUGGAUUUGUGACGGCAUGGGAUAUCCAGGUUGUAACAACAGGUACUUUGUACGCUGAAGUAUGGCGACAAGUCUCAGGAACCUGGACCCUUAUUGGUGUGAACACAAUAACUGUUGUGGCCGGAGAUGUGAACACUUUAAAAAACGAGGUUAUCACAGCGGCGAAUCAAAUAGCUGUGGAGAGUGGGGACUAUCUUGCAUUCAAGUCUUCUGGGAAUACCAUAGUGGAAUACAUUAGAACGAACAACGGAGUAGGGAGCAGUAAUGACCAAAUACAGUUUUCCACGACAGCCGGGCACACAGUGUCUUCAACGUCAACAUUUGCUGCGUACACUACAGAGCGCAACAUCGAAUACGGGAUUAGAGCAACUCUUGGUCCGGGAUCAAAUCCACAAUUUGCCGCAGGUUUGGACACCACAAAAACAGUGACUGAUGACACAGCAGUAGGAACCACCUUGUUGACGGUAGUGGCUACUGAUCCGGGGGAUACUGUCACCCUCACACAACAGUCUGUCACCCCAGCUUCCACUGCCUUCAACUUUGACCCAACUACAGGAGUUUUAUCAACCGUAUCUCAGCUCCCGAUUGGUAACACGGUUUUUGUUUACCGGGCAACAGAUCUGUGUGGAAAUUUUGUCCAACACACCUUUACUCUCACAGUUACAAAUUAUCCUCCGGUGAUAGAAAACCUUCCAGCCUCCACAGAAAUCAAUGAGGACGUGAGCUUGGAGACACAGCUGUAUGUGUUGACUGUUACUGAUGCCUCAUUGGCUGACACGGUCACGUGUACCCUAAACAGCGUCAAUCCUACUUUGGCAGCUCUGUAUCUCAGAUACGCAACAGGAACAUCAAAUUAUGCCCUCAAUCUGCGGGCGGGUGCUGGACUAAACUACGACGCCCAAAGAGUUUACACUGUGACCGUACAAUGUACUGACACGAAGGAUACGACUAGUGGGGUCUUCACUAUUUAUGUUCAGCGCAACCAGGCACCAGUGAUAACAAAUCUACCCUCGACCUCCAAUUCUCGUGACAUCGCGUCGUCCGCAGUUUCCAUAGGUACUACAGUAUUUACCGUCACCUCUACCGACAAGGAAAACGACCAGUUAUAUUACAACAUGACAUGUACCCCUGCCACGUGUCCAUUCAAAAUCUAUGACUCCGGAGCUAUUUUGGUUGACAAAAGCUUAGCAGGACUCAAUGACACGGCAUACGAUAUGUUUAUUUACGUUUACGAUGGACAUACAUUGGUGGGACCACGAAGCUUAACCAUCAAAAUCACAGAUGUGAACACCCCGCCUGUGGUAACUAACCUGCCCACCACGGUGUCAAUUCCCGAGAACACGGCGGCCUCCACCACGAUCUUCACGGCGACCAAAUCUGACGUCAAUUCUCUGGACACUCACACGUGGACGUCAACUAUAUCUCCGGCCAGUGGGUCGCUUUAUUUCACCAUGGACUCUAGUACUGGUGCAAUAAAGACAACAUCGUCUAACAUUGAUUACGAGACCAUAGGAACGACGACAUUUUUGUUAACUGCCUACGUGUCUGAUGGUAAAGACCUUGCCAGUGGAACUGUAACAAUAUCCAUUACAAACCAGAACGAGGCUCCACAGUUUCUCCUCUCCACAUACACCAUCACAGGAAACGAAGGCUCGGCCGGAUCUACAAUCGGUACGCCAGCUUUCACGGUGAGUGACCCUGAUGCAGGAGCCACCCAAUCAUAUUCGCUAAACUGUCCACAACUCACCAUGAAUCCAACAACAAAAGUGGUGACGUUGAGCACCGACUACGACGUUGAUGCUGGAAAUCCAACGACAUUUUCAUGCACUGUAACGGUGUCUGAUGGUGAACUCACAGACACAGCGACCCUCAACGUUAAUAUCAACAACAUCAACGAUAACACCCCAACAUUUACUGCCAGUUCCUACACGUUUUACGCGUACUCCACGGCAGACGUGGGAACAGUUCUCGCCAGUCUUCCCGCCAUAGAUGGGGACAAUGGUACUUUUGGUGAAAUAACCUACACAAUAGACCAAUCGUCUACAGGAGGUAACUACUUUGGGAUAUCUAACACCGGAGACCUGUUUGUCGCGUCCAGUCUGGCCGGGUUCUCGUCAGGACAAACGUUGGCUGUUACUCUCACUGCCACAGAUGGUGGUGGUCUUACAGACACCGCCACAGUAACAUUGGUGAUUCCUGCAGUCACAACCACCGCUGCCACGACCACCACUGACCGCUACAUGACCUUCUUUGACGACACACGGAACGUCGCUUGGUUUGUGACAUGUCUUGUGAUAGCGCUGGGCUUGUUAACUCUGAAUGCCUACUUCAUUGCCAGAUAUGUGGACUUCACAAAUAUAAAAAGAGCAUGUGAGAAGAUGUGUCGAAGGAAGAGAAGAUGGAAACCAAAAAGACAAAUAAUUUCCAGAGAGCCAACUCCGCCUACGCCUAUUCCCUACGUUCGAGCUCCAGCUAAUUUUGAUUCCUGGAAUGCAUGGAGGAUACCAGACACAUUUAAUCCGGAAUAAGCACCUGUGGACUAUCUCAUAUCAAAUUCUGAAAUUAUUCUUUCUGAGUUCAUGCUGAUUGAUGUCUUCUUAAAAAUCUUCU